UGUUUUGCACCCUUGUGCUCCCUAAUUUCAGUUGUGCGUUUUUCCUUUCUCUCGGGUGAAACGUAUACUGGCAGUUUAAGAUGAACGUGAAAUCCUUAUCGCUGCUGACAUUGGCCGCUGCCACAGUGGAAGGUUGUGUGCGCGAGCGAGAUGUCGGUUCAGUCGAUAUUCUAAGCGUGCUCUCGAAACGAGGACCUGGACACCCCAAUCUGCCGCACUUGUCCAAGUAUGAGUCUAUGUUGAUUAACAGUUUCGACAACACCACGGUCGACAGCUGGGCUUACUACUACACUCAUGGAAUUCACAUCGCCGGAACCAAUCAGAGCAUGGCACAAUGGACUGCCGAUAAAUGGACAGAAUUCGGCAUUCCUUCGUCUCUUGUCUCGUAUGACGUAUACCUGAACUACCCGGUUUCGCAUUCACUGUCACUGACGCACGCUGACGGUACGACCUGGGAGGCUUCCCUGGUGGAAGACGUUCUCAAGGAAGACGAGACAUCAAGCUACCCGGACCGUAUACCGACAUUCCAUGGCUACUCUGCCUCCGGUGAGGCCACUGCCGAGUAUGUUUACGUCGGACGUGGACAAAAGGUUGAUUUUGAAAGACUCAUCCAGUUGGGCGUGGACUUGAAAGGAAAGAUCGCAAUUGCACGAUAUGGUGGUCCAUUUCGAGGCUUGAAAGUCAAAAAUGCACAAGAUCAGGGGAUGAUCGGCUGCAUCAUCUUCACUGAUCCUGCGGAUGACGGCAAUGUGACAGUUGCAAACGGCUUGAAGGCAUAUCCAAACGGUCCUGCCAGAAAUCCUAGCGCGGUCCAGCGUGGAUCUGUUCAGUUCCUUUCUAUGUUCCCUGGUGAUCCAACCACUCCCGGAUACCCUUCUCGACCAGACUCUCCACGAAAGGACAAGAGCCCUGUUGUACCAAAGAUCCCGUCAAUCCCGAUCUCACAGCUGGAUGCAGAGCCAAUCCUCGCUGCACUCGACGGCCACGGAACUCCAGGAAAGGAAGUUAACCGCACCCGAUGGGUUGGUGCUCUUAAUGCGACAUAUGCUACUGGUCCUGCACCCGGAGCCAAGCUUUCCAUGAGUAAUGUGAUGCGUGAUACUUAUACCCCUAUAUGGAACUCAAUUGGUAUCAUUAACGGCACGGAGCAGGAUGAGGUGAUUAUCAUUGGAAACCACCGCGAUGCUUGGAUUAUUGGAGGAGCCGGGGACCCCAACUCUGGCUCUUCCAUUAUGGUCGAGCUUGCAAAGGCGUUUGGAAAGCUCCAGAAGGCUGGCUGGAAGCCCAAGAGAACCAUGUAUGUUUGUGCCCUUGGAUUUGUCCUGACGCAAUUGGUGCUAAUAUUGCAUAGCGUGAUGUGUUCUUGGGAUGCGGAGGAGUACGGACUCGUUGGCUCCACUGAAUGGGUUGAGGAAUACGUAUGUUUUUCAAUAUUGAGAGAAAAAUAAGCCGACUGGUACUGACUGUUAUGAAUAGCUGCCAUGGCUCAAGGCAUCGACGGUUGCGUACCUCAACAUCGAUGUUGCCGUCUCUGGUCCGGUGCCUGACCUCAGUGCUACUCCCGAGCUGCACAAGCUGGCCCUAGAGUCUAUGAAGAAGGUUAUCUGGCCGUACAAGGGCCGUAAGGACACCACCAUGUACGAUGUCUGGAACACUGCAAAUGGCGGCGAAGUCGGCGUCCUUGGAAGUGGCUCUGACUACACUGCUUUCGUCCACAACGGCAUAGCAUCGGUAAGUUGCCUAAUUUUCGGAUGCAACGCACCGUAGUUACCUUUGGAGUUAACGCGAUGUAGCUUGAUACUGGCGCGGGAGGGGACGGUAACACAGAUCCGGUCUACCACUAUCACUCGAACUAUGACUCGUACCACUGGAUGGCCACCUACGGCGACCCGGGCUUCCACACGCACGUUGCCAUGGGCCAGUUCCUGGGCCUGCUAGGCUACCAUCUAGCCACUGACGACAUCAUCCCAUUUGAUGUGACUAACUAUGGCGUGCAGAUGACGAAGUAUCUGGACGUGCUGAAGAAGUACAUCGCAGCAUCCAAGUUCCCUGAUCUGGACGUGAGCAAGAUCGAGAGCGCCAUCUGCUCGUUCAAUGUAUCUGCCAAUGCUGUUGCGAAACUGCAGAGGAAAGCCGAGCACAGCGUCCAUGAUAUGAAGCUGAAAAAGCAUCUCAACACCAUCUACCGCGACUUUGGCCGUGGCUUUGUCUCGCAGGGUGGCCUUCCAGACCGCGAGUUCUACAGACACAUGCUGUAUGCCCCGGGACUUGACACUGGGUGGGUUCCCCGUUCCCCUUUUUACGCGUAUGCUAAUUGCAGCUCUAACUGUCGAGCAGAUAUGCACCAACGACCUUCCCUGGCGUGACCGAGUCUCUUGAUGCCGGCAACCGGACAAGAGCCGUGGAGUUUGUCGAGCGGGCGAGCAAUGCCAUCUAUGUAGCUGCUGGCAUCCUGUCGUCCUGCUAUGACUGCAACCAGUUUGUCGCCCAGGAGCAGUAGUAGUACAUAGAGUAGCCAUCAGCUGUCAAUAUAUGUCUUUUACCUGUUACUCCGUCCUCUCUUCCCUGUUCUUAGGCCAUCCCUUCCCUGCUCUUCCCUGCCCCUGACCCCUGACCCCUGUCCUGAGCCCGCUUGCUACUUCUUUCCUCUGAGCCGCCUCGAAGCCUCAACAAGCGACUUCGUGGUGUAGUUGGUUAUCACGUGAGUCUAACACACUCAAGGCCCCCAGUUC